AUGUUUGCCUGCAAACGGUGUGAAAUUGAAGCUAGGGACGGCGCCACAUGCUCUGUCUGUGCGGGUCAGUUUGACUUCCCUUGCGCUGGAAUAACUGAGGGUGGAUGGCGGAAACUAGGAGAGCGGAAAUCCACCUGGAAAUGUUCCAGUUGCAAGUCCCGAGGAAUAGCCAGUCCUAAACCAACAGUGUCGUCGGAUCCUGAUUCCAUCGUUGUCGAGCUUAAGCGUCUGUCGUCACAAAUGGAGGCUAUACCAGCAUUAGUGGAUAGCGUGAGGGCGAUACAGGCUGAACUGGUGGAAUUUAGGACUAUCAGAGAGGAGUUCUCGGAUAUGAAGGCGUCUAUCGAGUUUGUUCAUAAUACAGUUGAGGCUCUAACCUUGAAGGUAUCUACCCUGGAGCAAGAAAUUGACUCCUUGGUUAAGACAAAAGGAGAUUUGUUGACCCUGCAGGACCGUGUAAACAACUUGGAGGAACUGCAGAACCACAACGAACAACGUCUACGUAUGAAUAAUAUUGAAAUUAAGGGUGUACCCGAGUCUAGUGCCGAGAACUUAUUCAACAUCUUAGAUAAGUUGGGGACUGCAAUUAACUGUAAAAUCCAAAAGGAGCAGGUCAACUACAUCGCCAGAGUGCCUACGCGUAAUAAUAAGCAUAACAAAAACAUUAUAUGCUCUGUCCAGAACAGUUACUUGAAGAAUGAAUUUGUAGCUGCUGCAAAGAAUCACAAGGCCCUUAAAGCGGUGGAUUUAGGACUACGUGGCGAUAGCAGGAUUUACGUCAACGAUCACCUAACUCUGGAAAACAAAGCCCUAUUAAAUAAAACCAAGGCUAGCGCAAAAGAACGGGGAUAUGACUAUGUUUGGGUGAAAGGGUGUAAAAUUUUCAUACGAAAAAACACAUCGUCUCCAAAACAUCAUAUCAAUACGGAACGCGACUUAAAAAAGUUUUUUACAUAA